CUCCAUUCAGUUUUAGCGCAGCGCAUUAAGAAACACAUAUGCCACUUGAAAGAUGACGGGCGCACACCCCUUACUCCUGGACCAUGCGGUCAGGGACUGGGUGUUUAUUCCCUUGACCUUAGCAAUUGUGCUAAUGAAGCUUCUUACACAGUACAUGCACCAGCUCUUUAACACUCCUCCUCCCAACAAUAAGGAGCUUAAAGAAGUAAGGGAAAUGCAAGCCGUGUCCCGUUCGGGCCGACUGCGCGGGUUCGGGCGCUUCAUCCCAGAGACUUCAUUCAAGAUGCGCAAGGACUACUUUGCCGGGGAGAAGGGCCUGUUCUCGCAGAAAUCGGUGACUCGGUCGCCUCAGGAGGCCAUGGCCACCGACCCUACUGUCAUGGUGGAUAUGAUGAAGAAGAACCUCACGGGCAUGCUGCCGCAGGUGGGCAUGGGCAUGGUGGUCAACUUCUUCUUCCAGGGCUUUGUGAUCGGCAAGGUGCCCUUCCCGCUCAGCCCGCGGUUCAAGCCCAUGCUGCAGCGCGGCAUCGACCUGGCCUCUCUGGACGUGUCGUACCUGACCAGUCUGUCGUACUACAUCUUGCUGCUGUUCGGGCUGCGAGGAGCCUUCUCGCUGGUCUUCAGGGACGACGUGGUUGACGAGGCUGAGAUGAUGAAGCGGCAGAUGAACCCCAUGGCCGCCAGCCCCAUGGGGGUUGACAUGGACGCCAUGUUCAAGCAGGAGAAGACGGCGCUGGCGGCGACGGACUACGAGUGGGAGCUGGAGAGCGCGGAGGAGCGCGCAGUGGAGGUGCUGCAGCGGCAGCUGAAGGCCAAGAAGCUGUGAGCGAAGGCGGGCUGAAGGCAGUGGGCUAGGGCCUGUAGCCGAGCAUGGACCAGGAGGGGUGUUCAGAAAAAGCGUCACAGGCCAGAGCAGGGGUAAAUGUUGGCCACGAGGUUAGGCGCCAGGAGGGUUAUGUGGCAGCUGUAAGCCAAGUAGCUGCGAAUAUCAGGAGGGGGUUGUUUGGCAGCGGUGUGUGUGUGUGUGGGUGUGAUGGCAGCAGCAGCAGCUCCUCUAGGUCAGGAAGCUGUGGCGGAUUAUAGGCCAGGAAAGGACUGUGUGGCCUAGAAUACGGCAUCUGUAACUGAGCAUGGACCAGGAGGCGUCUGCUGCAGCGGCAGCUAAAUGGCGCUGCGACCGAUGCCUACAAGGUGGUUUGUGGCAGCGGCGACUCUUAAGACCUAGCAGCUGUGGGCCACAGGCUAGGGGGGUGCAGCAGCAGGCACCGGGUGCAGCUGUCUGCUGGUUGUGCGCAGUUUAGCAGCGCGCCACAGGUGUAGCGUUUUCUCCUCCAAAACUAGGGGAGAUGGGUGCCGCGCUUGCAGCGCAUGCCGUAGGGGUAUCACUGUGUGGGUGUGGCUGCUGAUUGCUAGGAUACUGGUAGGUAGCGUAGCUUGAAUGAGCUGUUGGUUUGCAACGGGGCAAUGAUUUGUUCUCUCGCAUCAUGCUUUCGCAGCGUUGAGUAUAAGACGCGUAAUGAGUGCCUUGGGAGGUAGGAGGUAGGAGGAUGGGUGCUUGGGAACGUAUUCUGGAAGGGAGCCAGACGCAGUGGCUCCUAAUGUCCUAAACAGAACGCACGGAACGCCCAUUUGAGGUUUUGGUUUGCACCAUGUAAUGCCACACCAUG